AUGGCCCAUAACGCCAUUCUCAGAGACAUCACGAUGCUUGAGAAUCAAAUUCCCAUGUUUGCAUUGAGGAAGAUCUUGGGCUUCCAAUGCUCUUCACCAGAUGUUGCCGAUGAUUUAUUGUCUUUCAUUCUCAUGGGUCUGUGUAAAGAACUCUCCCCACUGAAAACUGAGAAUUUCUCUCUUCUCCAAGUAUCUCAGCAUGCACACCUGCUUGAUCUUUUGUACCGUGUCAUCGUUCCCAACUCCGAUGAGCCACAAGAAGUACUCGACUGCGAAGAAAACGAGCAAAACGAAGAGACCAAGGUUGAAGAAGGAUCGGACUCGAGUUCUAGCAACAUUAAACAGCUCUUGUCUGAGAUUUGGAAGUUGAUAUCUGCUUUCAACAUAGGCAUGGUGCGUUUGCUUGAGAAAAUCCUGCUUUUAAGACCCAUUAAACUAAUAUUUGCAUUACCAUGGAAGAUGAUUCCCAACCUGCCUGGAAUUUCCAUCAUAAAAGAACCCAUCGACAAAUUUUUUGUUUCUCAUCAAGAUAAAGAGACGAUCAAACCAGACAAUGAAAGUUUGAGGUCUCAGAAGAUCGAGAAACAUCCUCUGGUUGAGGAGAUUAUGAUUCCUUCAGUAUCUGAGCUCCACAAUUCUGGAGUAAAUUUCUGCAAAACUAAUGGCAACAUCACAACUGUUGGUUUCGACGAAAAGACCACUUCCCUCUACCUCCCUACUAUCAGUUUGGACGUCAACACAGAGGUUAUGAUGCGAAACUUAGUUGCAUAUGAAGCUUCUUCUGCAUCAGGGCCAUUAGUUUUUACACGUUAUACUGAAUUGAUGAAUGGGAUAAUCGACACAGUAGAGGAUGUGAAGUUGCUUAGAGAGAAGGGGAUCAUAGUGAACCGUUUGAAGAGCGACAGAGAGGUUGCUAAACUGUGGAACGGGAUGAGCAAAUCUAUUAGAUUAACCAGAGUUCUGUUCCUUGACAAAACCAUUGAAGAUGUUAACAAGUAUUACAAUGGUAGGUGGAAGGUGAAGGCAAGCAAGUUUAUGAAAAAGUAUGUGUUUGGUUCAUGGAAGUUGCUUACACUUGUAGCAACUAUUCUUCUCUUGCUGUUGACUACUCUUCAGGCCUUCUGUUCAGUCUAUUCUUGUGCUCGUGCUUUCCAUGUUAAUUAUGUUGCUUGA